CUAAUCGCCUUACGAGGAAAGUAUAAAAAUGUUAAGCUAGCUGAGCGAUAUAGAUCUAUAUAAAGUGGGAUAAACUGUUCUACAGCGUAGCUUGUCUCUGGAAAGAGACUUAUUUAUAUAAAUAACCAAACAUGAUUUCUGUGAUAAGAACCCUUGUGUUUCUGUCAUGUGUUUAUGCGGUUGUAUCUUUAACCAUUAGACACACCAUUCCAGAGCAGACCAGUACAACAACUGAACCUGACAAUGGAUGCAAGCCUGAAGCAUGCGAGACUGCCAAAUGUAUUGAUCCUGUCACUAUAAAUUGUUGUCCGGAAUGUCCGAAUGGAGAGAACUGCUUAAUCGAAGGUCAAAAAGUAUCUUUCAAUGAGCCCUUGGUCUUUCCAGACGGACGGAUCUGCUAUUGUGUCCAGGAGUCAGUAUGGAGCUCCCCAACCUUCCGCUGUGAAGACAGCUCCUCUUCUCCCCCACCUUACGAGAUAGUAUAUGAUGACGUCAUCUUGUUCACUUCCACGUCUCCAGAACCAGACUGUAGGAAUUCGCCUAAACCAGAAAAUGACCCUUGCGCCUACUGUGAGUGUAAUUUGAUAUCCGGCAAAUGGAAGUGGGAUUGUUACUGGCAAGACUGUAUGGUACCACCCUGCUUUGAUGCAUACAGGCCACCGGGGCAGUGCUGCUCGGUCUGCCUAAAUGGUCCCAACUGUGGAGUCGAUGGAACAAUAAUCCCCCAGGGGGAAUUCCGUGAAGUUAAUGGGGAAAUGUGUUUUUGUCAUCAAGGAGGUUAUCGUCAAGAUGUGAACUGUCAACCUUCCGGCACUACAAUAAAAGAAAUAGCUUGGACCACAGAGGAAACAACAAGAGAAACCACAACCCUAACCACACCAGGUCAGGACUGCAGGUUUACAACCAAGCCAGAAAAUGGACCUUGUUUUGAUUGCACCUGUGAUUUGAACUCUGGCCAAUAUAAAUGGAACUGCUUCUGGUUUGAUUGCACCAUACCUCCGUGUGUUGACGCCUACAGAGCACCAGGGAAAUGUUGUUAUGAAUGUCCUAAUGGCCCUAAUUGUCAGGUAAACGGUGUCAUUAUCCCAGAGGGAGACGUCCGUGAGACAGACAGUGGAGUCUGUUACUGCCUGCGAGGAGGUUUUCACCAGGAAGUUAACUGUGAACCUCUAUCCACUCUGCCACCAACAACAACGCCUUUUGAUGGAUGCGCAGAGGAAUUGAAACCCACGGAUAAAUGUUCUUUCUGUGAAUGCAACAGCUGGUCAGGCACCAGAGAAUGGCUAUGUAUUCACGCAACGUGCGCGGAGCCCCCUUGUGUUGACGCUGUAUAUGAUGAGUGCUGUCCACGCUGUCCUAAUGGCCCCAACUGUCAGGUAAAUGGUGUCAUUAUCCCAGAGGGAGACGUCCGUGAGACAGACAGUGGAGUCUGUUACUGCCUGCGAGGAGGUUUUCACCAGGAAGUUAACUGUGAACCUCUAUCCACUCUGCCACCAACAACAACGCCUUUUGAUGGAUGCGCAGAGGAAUUGAAACCCACGGAUAAAUGUUCUUUCUGUGAAUGCAACAGCUGGUCAGGCACCAGAGAAUGGCUAUGUAUUCACGCAACGUGCGCGGAGCCCCCUUGUGUUGACGCUGUAUAUGAUGAGUGCUGUCCACGCUGUCCUAAUGGUCCUAACUGUGGAAUCGAUGGACUUAUCAUACCCUAUGGACAAGAACGGGUAACAUCCGAUGGGCAAGUAUGUUUUUGUGGAGGAUCAUCUCCAUACAGACAGAGAAAUUUGGAACUCACGUGUCAUCCAAUCACCACGACUCCAGAUCCCAACUGUUAUGUUGGCGAUGUCCUUAUUCCAGAGGGAGAAGUCCGUCAGACAGACAGUGGAAUGUGUUACUGUCUACGAGGGGGUUCAAACCCAGAGAUAAACUGUGAGCCUUUAUCCACUCUACCACCAACCACGCCUUUUGAUGGAUGCGCACCUGAAAAUAAACCCUACGAUAAAUGUGGUUUCUGUGAUUGUAGCGAAUGGACAGGCUGGACAUGGCAGUGUUAUCACCCAACUUGCAUGGAGCCCCCGUGUGUUGACCCUGAUUAUAGCGAAUGUUGUCCUACUUGUCCAAAUGGACCAAAUUGUGAAGUCGAUGGAAUAGUUAUACCCUACGGAGAGUCGAGAGAAACCCCCAACGGGCAAUCCUGUUUAUGUGGAGGAAAUGAUCCAUAUCGAAAGGGAAAUCUGGAAAUAAUCUGUCAACCAUUCAGCACAACUCCAGAUAGUGCCUACUGCAAUGUUGAUGGGGUGCUCAUUGGUAUAGGAGAGUUUCAUGAGAAGGACAACGGCGCACUUUGUUACUGUGAUGUUUCAUUGGUAGCCAAUUGUAACUUUUCUGUCCACACCACACCGACACCAUGGACAACAACACCUGAAGGAUGCGACCCUAAUCUGAAACCAGGGGAGAACUCAUGCACUAUUUGUGAGUGUUCUGAAAAUAAAUGGAUCUGCGGGUCAGCUACCUGUCUUCCAACACUUUGUGUUGACAGCUAUAAGCCAGCAGGAGAGUGUUGUUCUGUCUGCCCGAAUGGUCCUAACUGUCGAGAAGGUGGUGUGAUUAUACCAUUGAAUACCAUACUACCAGUGAACGGUUCAGCCGAAUGUCAGUGUGUUCAGAACAAUCCCUGGGAACCUCCUGUAGCUGUCUGUAGGAGCAUCAGCACAACAACCACGCCUAAGCUUAUCUUCAUCACAAAAGGCACAACUCCCAAACCGUCACCCACAAAACCAACUGCAAAGACAACCAAAAAACCAACUACAAAGACAACCACUAAACCAACCACAAAGACAACCACUAAACCAACUACAAAGACAACCACUAAACCAACUACAAAGACAACCACUAAACCAACCACAAAGACAACCACUAAACCAACCACAAAGACAACCACUAAACCAACCACAAAGACAACCACUAAACCAACCACAAAGACAACCACACAAACCACAACAACGACAACCACACAAACCACCACAAAAACAACCACAAAACCCACGGCCAAACCUAUCACGAAGAAACCUGUCGUAUAAUUGUUACUUUUAAUCUUUUCCAAUAACUUAUAAAACAGUUUGUAAUCCAGUUUUAAAAAAAAAAAAUCGCACCAUCUUUAAAAAAUUGUGAAAAAAAAAACGAAUCAACAAUAUUUUUUCUGAUAUUGUUAUAGUACACUUUUAAAUGAAUAUUCAAUGUAGCAAAUAUUGAUUGUAAAUAGUUAUCAUUGAGAAACUAUACAACUGUCAAAUAAAUGAUACAAUCUGUU